CAGCAAGGCGUCAGUCGAUGCGACACCGCGCUUAGCCAUGGAGGCGCAAUGAGGCUGGCGCCAGAGCGGUUGUCUCGGUUGGCAGCUGGGAAUGGCGCGGCCCUGCCAUUUGGAGACGGCAUGCACGUCAAAGAGGCUGCUGAAGAGAUCGGCAUGGAAUCGCGGCCAGAGGCGCAGGCUGCUACGGCAGGCGUCGACCAGCCCAGCGUCAGUAGCCGCGCGGUUGUGGAGAAGAUCCUGCAUCACCCGAAGCCGUGGAGAGUGAUUGCGGCAUAUGGGGAUGCACGGCCGAGCUUCGAGAAGUUCAGCCACCUCGCGGCCUUCGUCGCCCAAGCGCCGGACACCACGCUCGCCUUCCGCCGUGCUUGCGAUUUGUUGGGCCAAAUCGCGCGAGAGCAGCCGGCGCGCAGCAGCCUUUGCCGGAGGAACCAGCUAGCAGCAGAUGGAGCAGGCUGCCAGUGUGACGUUUGCCAGCGGGCAAACGCCGAGAUGCGUUCGGCGGCCGGUGCGGCUCUAAAGCGGUGCAGAGCGUCGCAGGAGAUGGAUGCGAUCAUUGUCCCAGAUUCCGAGGACGAAGGGCAAAGGCAAAGCACGGUGCUCCAGUCCCUGGAGCGCGCUCUGAAGAGCUUCCUUUCAGAGGAGGCCCUGGACACAUGCCCGGCUCCGCCCAAGCGCCGGCUCAGGCUCAUGCGAAGGCUGUCCUCCCCGAGUUUGCCGGACUCGGAAGCGGAAAUUCCAGAGGAAGCCUGCCGCGCCUCAGCUAGCCCAAGGCGGGCCGAGCCGCAACCGCGUGAUCCGUUGGAGGGCUGCACUCCGGCGACGUGGAGGCUCUUCCGCGGCCGCAGCUUUCUGCAACGAUUGCGAGGCGAGACUCGGGGAGCUCCGGGCGCCGAAGGCGCGGGCGGAGAAGUUGAAGUGAGGCCGACUGCGCCGCCGAGGCUGGACCCUCAGAUCCAGCCGUUGCCCAGGGCCAGUACCCUCGCCGACUUGCGCGGCGGCAAAGCCGAAUGCCAGGACUUGAAGAAAGCUCGGUCGGCGCCCGAUUUCAUGGAAAGCCAGAGCAUUUUGAGCCUUUUAACGAGGAGUCGCGGCAAGCGCCUGAAGUUGUCGCGUGACUCCGACCCCGAGGGACGAGGCUGGUCUCCUGUGAAGAGACCCAUGGAGCCUCCGGAGGUGAUCGAUUGCUUCUCACCGGAGAAAUCCCCACGAGGCGCUCCAGCUAGGCAGGAGCCGACUGUUGGCCCAGACGUCGCGCUGGUGAUCAAGAAGCGCUGGUGCGACAAGAUCUUUGAUGGCGGCAAGGUCUGGGAGAUCCGGGGCUCGUGGCUGAAGAAGAGAGGCCGCAUCUGCAUCGCGCAGUCCAAGUCGAAGACGCUUGUGGGUGAAGUCACGGUGGUGGGCUGCCUCAAGGUGGGUCGUUGGACGGAGGAUGGUCAGCUCGUCCCGUGGAGCGAUGCUGAGCAAGAUAGGCAGAGCUUCAUAGGCGCGCCGGAGAACCUGGCGAAGCAUUGUGUCGAGGACUUGAGCCUGGUCAAGGGCUAUCCGCGUGUCUUCGCGUGGGUGCUCGAGCGCGCCGAGCGCUAUGCAACACCCGUGCCUUACCAGCACAAGGUGGGAUGCAUCACCUGGGUGAAGCUCCACGAUCGCCCGGCCGAGGCCGCGCCGAAGUUGCCGCGCUCGCAGCUGCCGCGGCAGCCGCGUGAGCCGCGGGGUCUGCGGCCGCUUGCGGCUGAGCAAGGUGGAGCCCAGGAGACCGCCCGUGGUGACUUUGCGGCCACACGACGCAGAAGGGCCAAGCGCGUGGAUGCGGGCCUUACCACGCAAGGGUCGCCAAUCUGCAAGAUUGGUGGACGACGACGAUUCGGACCUCGAAUGCGUAUGAUGCCUCUCUGGCAUCAGUUUGUGAGCGAUCAAAACUUUCAUGCGGGCCAGCGAAAGUUUUGAUCGAGGCUCCUUCAUGUUGUUUUUUGCCUCGUGCUGUGCGGUCAAUCGGGUUAUGCAGAGGCCAGAGGGCACUUGCACUGCAACAUGGGUGACUGACA